AUGAAGCGAAUCCGAAUCUUUGCGUCCCCAUUGCAAUGCCUACCCGGCCUGAGACACUGCCUCCUUUCCCGAGGGAGGCAGCGAGCUGCAAGGUGGAGCUUUGUAGACCGGAGGCUGUCUUCUUCCACGAUUCAUGACGACGCACCGCCGAGUCCCAUCUGCCACGAGGCCUUGGCGCAGAUGGUUCAGGCAGCUCGGAGCCCGUUGAAGCGAGGCCGUGGAGAGGGUGAGCCUUCCAGGACCCGAUCCAAGUACUUGUAUAGAUCAACCCUGCGCGGUUGGAGCAUCCAUGUUGCUUCCGCAGCACACCUGAGAGACCGCGACAAAGGCAGGCAGUGUAACAUAGAUGCGAACUAUCUGCUGGACCUCGUACUUGAGCAGGGCGGUUUGUGCGCUUAUUCUGGCAUACCCAUGGAGAUGUUGCGGCCAAACUCGCACUGGAGGAUUUCCAUCGAGAGAAUAGACACUAGUCAGGGCUAUCUGAAGGGCAAUUGCUGUCUAAUUGCCGCUGAAUUCAAUUCAGCUGUGUCGUGCAAAGCAGUCCCUCAUUCUGGAUCAGCGCAGUGGUCCAAGCAAAAGGUCCAAGAAGUUCUGCAUGCCCGGACAGGGCAGGUUGACUUGACGCGGCUGCAGGAAGGCACAGUUGCUGCGAGGCGGGGCACAGACCGGAGGCGGACCAAGUACACAGGCUUUCGAGGACCGGACGUUGCCGGCAAAUGGCGAUGUGGGUGUUGUGGUAUCUGGAAGAACAAAGAACAGUUUUACAUCCGAGUCGCCAGCCUCAAUGGCCUAUCGCACCACUGCAAGGAAUGCAACUGGAAUCGGAAAGCCAUGUGGCUGCAGACGAUGCGGGGGCACGCCUUGACACAGUUGUGUACCGCCCGAAAUAGAGUUGCAAAUGCAAAGCACACGUAUAGCGGAAUUUUCAAGCUUGAAUUGGACGACAUCCUCAACAUGUUAUGGACCCAAGGCGGUCGCUGUUACUAUUCAGGAGUCCCAUUACGUUGUGCGGUCGGCCCUGCCGACUGGGUUUGGUCCAUCGAGCGCUUAGACAACUCUGUGACAUAUACCAAACAGAACUGCGUGCUAAUCGCCCGCGAGUUUCAGACACCCGAUUAUAGUCGCAACACGGCGAAGAAUCCAGUCUUCGGCACUGCUCAGUGGUCACGACGCAAGGCCAGCCACAUUUGGGGACCUUACUGCCAUCACACCGAAGCUUUCGGUUGUGCAGGGCUUGCUUAG